ACAAGGACCUGAAGCACAGAGGCUGCCCUCAGCAUUGCCUGAUCACACUGACUAUAGUGGAGACGGGCUGCCCGGAGAUUGCCUGAUUAAGCAGUUGGCGACUGGCAGCCCCAGGACUGCCUAAGAGAGCGAAGACCCUGAGUUUGAUGUGAGUUAUAGUGCCUAACGUGCGUCUUCCUCAGCCCGCCGCCAGGGUGAUACUCUCUUUUACUCUAUUUGAAUCUAUCAACAACGAGAAGGACAUGCCAAUGACCUGCUCUGCCCACAGUUGCAAUAAUCAUUUUUCCAAAGGAUGUGGGAAACAAUUUUUCAGGUUUCCAAUGAAAGAUCCUGAGCGCUUGGCAGAAUGGGUUGCAGCAAUCAAACGUAAAAACUGGAAACCAUCAGAUUCAAGCCGAAUCUGCAGUGAUCACUUUACAGACAAAGAUUACAUGCUACGCCCAGGAGCUAUGAUCCCCCGACUGCGGCUUGAUGCAGUGCCUUCCGUUUUUGAGAAGCCUACCAAACAUUUAAAAGAGCGAGUUAAAAGGAAAAAGAGUGUUGAGACAGACAAAAUACAAGUACCAAUAAAAUGUAAUGAAACGGAGGCUCAAAAGAGUGAUCAGGAUGAUCGUAUCCCUGAGAUGAAAACCUCAUUCACCUGCUCAGUGCCAAAUUGCAAUAACUAUAUUUUCAAGGGAAAAGACAAACACUUUUUCAGAUUUCCCAUAAAAGAUCCUGAGCUCCUAUCUAAGUGGCUUGCAGCAAUCGAUGGUAAAAACUGGAAACCUUCAGAUUCCUGUCGAAUUUGCAGUGAUCAUUUUACAGAUAAGGAUUACAUGCAUCCUGGUGCUGAAAUCCCUCACCUACAGCUCGAUGCAGUUCCCUCUAUUUUUGACAGAUCAUCUGAUCAUUUACAAGAAGAGAUUGGAAGGAAAUAUGACAUAAAGGAGGAAUCAUGCAAACAGCCAGAAGUAACAAAUGAAGACACACAGACUAAUCUUAAGGAGCAGUCACUUCCUGACCAGACUAAGCAAAGAGAGGUUAGCUCUGCGGGAGAUCAGGCUUCAAGCUCCUUUGUGACAAGUCUACCUUGUGGGUCAGAGCUGCAAGAAAAGGAGCAAACAGAAACAAGCAAUACACAGAUUGCAUGUUUUCUUAAGAACAGACGAAUGUCAAAUAUAUGUGCUGUGAAGGGCUGCAAAAAUGCUUAUAUUAAAGGAAGUGGCAAACAUUUUUUCAGGUUUCCAAUGAAAAACUCUGAACAGCUUUCCAAAUGGCUUAUAGCAAUUCAACGGGGACACUGGAAACCUUCAGUUAGAAGUAGAGUCUGUGGAGAUCACUUUUCUAACAAGGAUUAUGUGCGUCGUCCUGGAGACAUAAUUCCGCGACUGCGACCCCAUGCAGUGCCUUCCAUUUUUAACAUGAAAAAGAAGAGGAAAGGGAAAAAUGGCGAAGACGGGAUGAUGGAAAAAGCAGUAUCAUGCAUUGACAUGGAGGUGCAGGAUGACAUACCAGACAAAGAAACACAUAGAUUUGUAGACCAUACAUACUCUGCAAUACAAAACAUAAUUGACAGACAUAGCUCAUGCUUCAAUCCUUCUACAAUGAACCUUAGAAGAAGAGUAAAAACUUUACAAAGGCGAGUACAAAGACAAAGGCACACAAUAACAAAACUUUGCUCGAUAAUUACACAAUUAGAGAGGAAAAAUGGAACUGAUCAUGACAACUGCAAGUUGACACCACCCAAUAGGCAGUGAAAACAAGGACUCCUUUGGAAGGCUUGAGUUCUCCUGGCUUUAUUACAAAAUAUAGACAGAUAUAAAUACAGUUGCGUGAUUUUAUCUUUUUCAAUUGACAGUAAUUAAAAAGUGCAACCAAAUCAUCUCAGAAGGAAAGUGCUUCAAUCCCAGAUAAAGGCUGUUCAAGUAUUGUAACUGUUCUGAAUCAACUUGUUCAUAAUUGAAUCCAGGAUUAUCACAUCAGAUAUGUAUAAUGUACAUAAAAAUUUAACAUCAUGUAUUA